AUGGUGGACCUUCAGAAUGAUACCGGGGCGGCGUACAACGCCUCUACCGAAUGGCAGACAUUCAGUAGUUUGGAUGACAUCGAUGUGAUAGCGGAUGGGAGUCCAGUAUUGAGGAUCCUCAUCUCCAUCAUCUACUCCGUGGUUUGCGCAGCGGGGCUGGUGGGGAACCUGCUAGUCUUUUUCCUCAUGAGGGUGAGCCAGGGGAGAAAGAAAUCGAGCAUCAAUUUCUUCAUCCUCAACUUGGCUGUGACAGACUUCCAGUUCGUCCUGACCUUGCCCUUCUGGGCUGUGGAUACUGCCCUGGACUUCAGCUGGCCGUUUGGGGAUGCGAUGUGCAAGAUCAUACUUUCGAUCACCGUCAUGAACAUGUACGCGAGCGUGUUCUUUCUGACUGCCAUGAGUAUCACCCGAUACUGGUCAGUCGCCUCUGCAUUGAAUAACAGAAGCCGACGAAUGUCUUGCUCUGUGAAAUGGAUCAGCUUGCUGCUGUGGGUCUCUGCUACCGUGGCCACCGCGCCCACUGCAAUUUUUUCGACAGUGACAAACGUCGCCGGAGAAAAAUUAUGCCUUCUCAAGUUCCCCGCGGACCAGUACUGGCUGGCUCUUUAUCACCUCCAGAAGAUCAUGGUUGCCUUUGUCAUCCCAAUGCUCAUCCUCUCCAUUUGCUAUUUGUUACUCCUGAGGUUCAUUAGGCAGAAAGGCAUGAACAACAACAAUCCGAAAAGAAGAUCCAAAGUUACCAAAUCUGUUACCAUAGUGGUGCUGUCAUUCUUCCUGUGUUGGGCGCCCAACCAUGCCAUAACUUUCUGGGGCGUCCUGGUCAAAUUCAACGAGGUUAACUGGGAUAAAACGUAUUAUAUGGUCCACACCUACAUUUUCCCUGUCACCGUAUGCCUGGCGCACGCCAAUAGCUGCCUCAACCCGAUUCUGUAUUGCCUAAUGAGACGGGAGUUCAGAAAAAUGUUAAAAGAUGUUUUUUGGAGGGUCUCGUCCCCGACUGUUUCACACACCUGUCCAAUACACCCGUUUUCUGGUUCCCGUAAACCGGACCAGGUUGACACACUAGUUAUCAUCCCGCUCCAAGCUAUUGAGAGCGAACACGGCACUCGCGGCUCGCUCUUCAAUGAAAGAUGUGACACUUUACCUUCUUCGAGUACCCUGGUGCAAAAAUGAACGA